AACAGCUUACAAUUUCAACAGGAAUGGACCAACAUAGUAAGGCAGGCCAAGCUGUGAAAGAGGAAGAAUAGAGACACUGUCAGAGAUUGUGAAAGAAUGAGAGUGAGAGGGACAAAAACAGGGAAUAGAUCGGGCUGGCAAGCUGAAAAAAGGGCAUGCCUUAAAGUGAGAGUGCUCAUUGGAGAGUAGGACAAAACUGUACAAAGAAGCAAUAAAGAGAGAGAGAGAUAGAGAGAGAGCGAGAGCGAGAGAAAAUCAUACAGGAAAGACAGGAUUAAUGAAACAGAAAGAAUAUGAGGAAUGAAGAAAAACAAGAAGGACUUUGCCCCUAAUGGUGCAAGCAUAAUUAUGAGCACUCAUCCACACCUGUGUGGUAAGAACAGUGAGCUUGACAGACUGAUAAGGCACAGACAUGAACGCUUUUAUAAUAAGGCUGCUAUCUAUCCUCUUCAUUGCUUCCUUUAGCAGCUUUCUGAUUUGGCACUGCUUUAUUCACAGACAUUCAGCUCGCAAACACCCACAUAAUAUAAGCCAAACACCUGCAAAAAGCCGUGAUGAAGCUGCCACUGAGAUACACAAUGUGGACGAAAAUCCUACAAAAAGCAAGGCAAAUAGCUUUAUAGACAAACUUCUAGCAAGAUACUCUACCAACUGGGAAAAGCAGGAGCAGAACUUUAAAACUUAUAGAUCUUUACUAGGCAGCAGCUGCAAAGCCAUUUCCAAUGCAGUGCUUACACAGAGCAACUCACCUUUGGGAUCAAAUAUUACUUAUGAUGCAUUUAGAAAAAAGAUAAUCCAGGUUAAAGAAGACCUAUUCAGUGUAAUUCCCAAGGAGAACCCAUUUCAAACUGCACCAUGGGACUCAUGCGCUGUUGUGGGUAAUGGAGGCAUCUUAGCCAACAGCAGCUGUGGAAAACAAAUUGACUCUGCUUCUUAUGUUAUCAGGUGUAAUCUUCCCCCACUAAACAAUGAAUAUGAGAGAGAUACUGGAAGCAAAACAAAUCUCGUCACAGCUAACCCCAGCAUCCUUUUUCAAAAGUACCAUGCACUGAACGCACGUCGGCGACCAUUUGUGGAUGAUGUGCAAUUGUAUGGGGAUGCUCUGAUCAUGCUGCCUGCCUAUUCAUACCCUCAGAAUACAGCUGUGUCCUUUCGUGCCCUCUACUCACUAGAGGACCAUGGCAGCAGUGGCCCACGAGCUGUAUUUUCUAACCCGGACUACCUGACUAGCCUUGCAAAAUUUUGGCGCAGCCAGGGACUUCGCUCCGCACGCCUUAGCACUGGUAUCAUGAUGGCUAGCAUGGCACUGGAGCUUUGCAAUAAUGUCUAUCUGUAUGGCUUCUGGCCUUUUGAAACACAUCCAUACACCUACCAGCAUCUCAGCAACCAUUAUUAUGAUAACCGACUAGCUAACAAAGUGCAUGCUAUGCCGGCUGAGUUUGAGAGCUUGUUAAAUCUCCAUAACAAGGGUGUAAUUAAUCUGCAUCUAGGGAAGUGCACAAAUUAAAGUAUAUGGACUGCUUACAAAUAAACUGUACCUCAAUUGCGCCAUAAACGUUUUAUUUUACUUUUUAUUUUAAUUUAUUUUUUGUGUGUGUAUGAAAAUUAAGAAAAUGUGCCUUCAUAAUAAUAGCUUAAUAAUUAUUGGAGUAUCUUGAACAAUACUGAAGCAUUUUGCACAUACUGAAGCAGGUAGUUUAAGAAUCUGAAAAGAUCACCUGAUUAGUAGCAGGAGUAGCUCUGGAUUACUGAUCAAAAGAUCAGCGGCUCAAACCCCAGCUCCAUUAAACUGCCACUAUUGGAGACAUUGUAUCAUGGCCGACCCUGCACUCUGACUUUAACUUUCUUCAAGCUGGGAUAUGUGAAGAAAAACAUUCCCUGUACACUAAUGAAGACUUAACAUAAUGCCUUUUUUCCUUAAAUGCAUUGUGACAAUUCUAUGUUUAUGGGAAAGAAAAUACUAUUCAUUAAAAGUUAAAUGAAGAACACAUUGUGGAACAGUGUAAAAAAAGAAUUUAAUAGGUAAUAAGUUAUUUAAUUAAUAAUUACAUUUGGGGCCAAUUAAUUUUCUUCCUAGACUUUGUUUAUUUAAACCCUGGGACAACAUGAAACAACAUUCAGUAGUAUUUUUCUAGUCAUAACUGCAUAAAAUAAGUACUGUAAGUGGAUUUUUCAGACUGAAUUUAGCUUGUGUGUGUACUAUCUCAUGAAAAGUGAUGCUAUUUUGUAGACAGAGUUUGUAUUGAAUGUAAAAAACACUGUGCCUUAAGUUGCCUCUUAUGUCCUCUUUAUGUGACUUUUUUAAGGCUCUGUAUUUUUACUGAAUAUAAUGUCUUUGGGUAUUUGAAUUAAUGUCAUAAGCACCAGAGUAGCAAUUAUUUAAGGGUAUUUAAAACUUUUUUUUUUUUUAGGUCUUUAAUAAACCGAAUCUUAAAAAUUA